AUGGCAGCUAUUAUCACAGUGAUGCUCAUAACAUUGUCCCUCGCUUCUCUUGCUAGUGCACUAAGUGUGAAUUACUAUGACCAUACGUGCCCUCAGGUAGAGUCCAUUGUAGCUGGUGCUGUACAUAAAGCAACCAUAAAUGACAAAACUGUCCCUGCUGCUCUGCUUCGGAUGCAUUUUCACGAUUGUUUCAUAAGGGGAUGUGAUGCUUCUGUUCUUCUGGAAUCAAAGGGAAAGAAUAAAGCAGAAAAGGAUGGGCCUCCUAACAUUUCUUUGCAUGCAUUCUAUGUAAUUGACAACGCCAAGAAAGCAGUGGAAGCCGUUUGUCCCGGGAUCGUGUCUUGUGCUGAUAUUUUGGCUCUUGCUGCUAGGGAUGCUGUUACUCUGUCUGGAGGACCCACUUGGGAUGUACCCAAAGGAAGAAAGGAUGGAAGAAUAUCAAAGGCCAUUGAAACCAGACAAUUGCCAGCUCCCACAUUCAAUAUUUCCCAGUUACAACAAAGCUUCUCUCAAAGAGGCCUUUCCUUGGAUGAUCUUGUAGCCCUCUCAGGAGGUCACACGCUCGGGUUCGCUCAUUGUUCAUCCUUACAGAACAGAAUCCACAACUUCAGCCCCAAACAAGACAUUGAUCCAUCAAUGAACCCAUCAUUCGCAAGCAGGCUCCGAAGUAUAUGUCCCUCACCGAACAAGGUAAAAAACGCAGGAGCCCCAUUGGAUUCUAGUUCCACCUUGUUUGACAAUGCUUAUUACAAGCUACUCCUUCAAGGAAAGAGCAUAUUCUCUUCUGAUCAAGCCCUUCUCUCUCAUCCAAACACUAAAGCUUUGGUUUCCAAGUUUGGUCAUUCCCAAGAGGAAUUUGAAAGAGCCUUUGUCAAGUCCAUGAUCAAGAUGAGCAGCAUCACCGACGGUGGACAAGAAAUCAGGCUUCACUGUAAAUUCGUUAGAUGA